UGAUAGCCAAAGGUUGUACACCUUUGAAAGCCUCACAAGGCGAGUAUUACGAACUGACAUUAUGGAACAAGCAUUGGAGAUUGAGCGUGUGGAUUUGGUGUGUGGGGUGAACAACGUGGAACAUCACACAGAGCUGAAUGGAGUGGACAGGCUGGUGGUGAGGAGGGGCCAACCCUUUACCAUGACCCUUCACCUACGGCCAGGCACUGCCUUUAAGCUGGGAGCCAGCAUCAACCUUAUUGCCACUACAGGCCCAGAGCCUUCCGAGGUUAUGGACACAGCAAUAAAAUUUGGGCUCAAUAAGUUCAUUUCUCCAGCCCGCUGGAGUGCGACUGCAGAGCUGAAGUCUGAGAGUGCCGUGUCACUCACCGUUUGCUCUCACCCCGCUGCCCCCAUCGGACUUUACCAGCUGGCUCUUGACCAGGGCACUGGGGUCAGUCUUUGCCAGUUUGUGUUGCUCUUCAACCCCUGGUGCAAAAGGGACUCUGUAUACAUGGUGAAGGAGGCAGAGAGACAAGAGUAUGUUCUGUCUCAGGAUGGACUGAUAUACCGCGGGAAACCCAAAUGCAUCUCAGAACUUCUGUGGACUUUUGGACAGUUUGAGCCCGGUAUUCUGAACAUUUGUCUGAAAGUUUUGGAUCAAAGCCUAAAGCAUCUACAGGACCCAAUCCAGGACUGCUCAGACAGAAGAAGUCCUGUGUACAUCACACGUGUCCUCAGUGCCAUGAUUAACAGUGAGGACGAUAAAGGCGUGUUGGUGGGGAACUGGUCCGGGAACUACGAACACGGCAUCAGGCCCACUGCUUGGAAGGACAGUGGAUCUAUUUUACGGCAGUGGUACAACCAGAAGUGCAGAGCAGUGGAAUACGGCCAGUGCUGGGUGUUCGCUGCUGUAGCCUGCACAGUGUCCCGGGCACUAGGUAUCCCAUGCAGAGUGGUCACCAACUAUGGAUCUGCUCAUGACACUAACAGUAACCUGGUCAUCGAGCGUUACUACAACAAGUUUGCUGAGGACAUCAGUGAUGACGCAAUAUGGAACUUCCAUGUGUGGGUAGAGAGCUGGAUGACACGUCCAGACCUGCAGCUCGGCUAUGAGGGAUGGCAGGCCAGUGACCCCACACCACAGGAAACAAGCGAUGGGGUUUUCUGCUGCGGCCCGGUUCCCGUGCGUGCCAUCAAGGAGGGCGACCUGAGUGCGAAGUACGAUGCUCCAUUUGUGUACGCAGAGGUGAACGCCGACGUGGUGGAGUACGCCAUCCUGGAUGAUGGCAGUACAGUGAAAAUAGACAGCUCCACCACAGAGGUGGGCCAGUGCAUCAGCACCAAGGCAGUGGGCAGAGAUGAAAGGGAGGACAUCACCCACCUCUACAAGUACCCUGAAGGUUCAGAGGAGGAGAGGCAGGUGUUCGAGAAGGCCAACCACCAAAAUCGGCUGAUUCAGAAUGAGGAAGAGCCCGGGUUGAAACUCAAGAUCAAAGUGAACCCCUCCAUGAUGGUGGGGUCCGACUUUGAUGUGUACGCACAAGUCAAGAACAACACGGACUCCAAAAAGAGUUUUCGCCUCACGUUCUACGCACAGGCUGUGACCUACAACGGCAAGCUUGGGGAGACCUGUGGCCUGACGGUGCUCACGGGAACGAAUCUGGCUCCGGCAGAGGGGGUGAAGGCAGUCCUCCGGCUGCAGUAUUCCAUGUAUGGGAAAGCCAUUGCUCAGGAGCAGAUGGUCCGACUGGUAGCACUGCUCAUCGACAAAGAGACGAAGGAGUUCCACCGAGCCACCAAGACCAUAGUGCUAGACAGCCCUUCCAUUGACAUCCUGAUUCAAGGGGACCCCAAAGUAGGUCAGCCCAUCAUGGUCGAAGUGAUGCUGCAAAACCCCCUACCAGAGCUAUUGGAGAACUGUGUGUUCUCUUUACAGGGUGCUAAUCUGACUGACAGCACUGCCACUUCUAACGAGGUUGGGAGUGUUGGUCCCAAAGAACUUGCAACUGCUGAAUUAGAGUUCACACCGAUGGUUUCAGGAAGAAGAAAACUAGUGAUUGAUUUCAACUCAGAUAAACUGAGCAGCAUCCAAAAUUUCAAAAAUCUAGUCAUCGAGGAAUAAAGGAAAUGAAUAAAAGAUACAAUCUCUAGGUUCUUACUGACCAAGACAAAUCUCAUACAUGACCAGUUUCACUAGCAACUUCAGGCUAUCAGUCAUGCUGGCACUGACUGUUGUAUUAAUCAGUGUGAUACGUAAGGAAAUUAAGGCAGCUUUAGUACUAUACACUGUCUAUAGUCAGUGUUUGGUAGUAUUUUGGUCAUCUUUCACUGAAAGUGAGCAGUUUGGAAAAUACUUACAAAACAGUUAUUACAAAUUCUUCCUUAGAGUAAAAGGAAAAUGUAAACAAAAAUACAGAAAGCAAACAAUCUGUGCCUCUCAACUAAUUAAACCUAUUUCUACAAAUUCAUUGUUUAUGUACAUAAGUCACCCUCAGCACAAUGGAAUUAAAUGUUCCAUUUUAUUAUCUAUGCACUCAAAUAGGGAAAAGAUCAUUAUUUGCAGAGCUAAACUUUGUGCUUUAUUCUGUGACAGACGGCAAAACGAUUAAGCUAUGUUUGUGGUACACUACAUACUGCUACCAUUGGCAAGCAAAAAAUUAUGAUAUUGUACACAAACAAUAAUAACUGAAUUUUGGGAUUAAUGCAUUGCAUGACCAUCUUUAAAACAAAGGUGGUCUGACCGAAUCACGGUUCAAAUUAUACCCAUCUGGUGCAGACAUAAAGAAACUGGAAAAACUGAACCAGGGUUCAAGUUGCAUGGUGUUCAAGAAGUCAUGCAGCAGACUAGCUCACAAGUGUGCUCUCUGUCACACACAACAUCGCCAAUGCUUCUCUACCAAACAAAUAUGAACCGAGACAAAAACUAAUGAAAAUCUUGAGAUUUCACUGAAUCUAGUCCAGGAAAAGUGACAGCUUCAUCUUAAUACACAACUUGUAAAAAUAAUGACACCACCUGUAAAAAUAAUGCUUUCUGAUAGGUGCUCAGACCUGUCAAGUCACUACAAUUUAGACCUAGCUACCCAUUUCAAACCGUUCUGACUUUCAGAAAAAUGAGCACACUGGAAACAUUUUUGAAAACAAUAUAAUUUUCAGGUAGUUGAGGCAUGGCUGUUACAAAGAGUAGUUUCUGUAUGAAGACACAAAAAAAAGCAUAGAGAAAACCGGUUUGUUCUACCAGCUGCCAAGCUAAGAAACCAGGCCACACUGUGGAGUUGGCAGCCUACCAUGGGGCUGGACAAUAGAAGAAAAAAAAAAAUCCAUAUCAAAUCAUUUAGUGAAAUGUCAUUACCACAAAAAAAUGAUAUAAAAUCAACCUAGGUUUUAAGUUUGUCACCUUUGUACAUGUCUGGGUAAAUAAUGAAAUACAGAUUAUAACUUAAAAGUUUUAAUGUGUAUAAGCCUCAUUUUUCCAAACAAGUCUGGAUUUAACACUGCAGUGACACUUCCUGCUGCCAGUCUUAGCUAACCAUAACACAUGACAUCAGCAAGAUCAUGUAAAACAGGUGAGCAAGGGAGACUGAGACACUGAUCCCUUCACUGCUGUUCACUUAGCUGUGGUUUUGUUGUCUUAAAAAUCAUGAGCCCUCGUCUUUAUUUCAGGUACCUAAUUUGAAUGAGAAGCUUAACACAGCAACACAAAAUGCCUUCAGACUCUCUGUCAAUAAACAUGCCACAAUCAAUACCUGAUAGGAGAAUUACUGAGCAAAUAAAGCAAAAUGACACUUUAAAGUAAAACUAAAACUCUAGUAAGGACUAGACAUAGCACAGGAUGCCGCUAUUUUCACAGCAGAGUCCUAUCCAAAGCUGGAGAAGGAAGAACCACACUUGCUCUUGGUGAAAUUCCACACAUGGAGCAAAAAGUGGCUGGAGUUUCCUUUAAAAAAAA